GCGGGCACGAGGCAGCUCCGGACGGCCCCAUGCAAGCCAAACGAUGACCAGCUGUGGCCGGCGGUCCCUGGACGUGCUCGCCGUCCUCUCGCUGCUGGUUUCCGCAGUCUUGUCCGCGCAUUUCCGGGUCUGCGAGCCGUACACGGACCACAAAGGCCACUACCACUUCGGCUUCCACUGCCCCCGGCUCUCGGACAACAAAACCUUCAUCCUGUGCUGUCACCACAACAACACGGUCUUCAAAUACUGCUGCAACGAGACGGAGUUCCAGGCGGUGAUGCAGGCGAACCUCACGGCCAGCUCCGAGGGCUACGCACACAACAAUUACACCGCCCUGCUGGGCGUGUGGAUCUACGGCUUCUUCGUGCUGACGCUGCUGGUCCUGGACCUGCUGUAUUACUCGGCGAUGAACUACGACAUCUGCAAGGUGUACCUGACGCGGUGGGGCGUCCACGGACGGUGGAUGAAACAGGACCCGCGGCGGUGGGGGAACCCUGCCCAGGGCCCCCGGCCGGGGCAGCCGGCCCCGCAGCCCGCGCCUCCCCCGGGGCCCCUGCCGCAAGCCCCCCAGGCCGUGCACACGCUGCAGGGAGCCCCCCACAGCCCGCCGCUGGUGACCUUCCAGAGCUCGUCUGCCUGAAAACCCUUUCGCCGUGCCUCAGGACCGGGGAGGUGAGACCCGAA